AUGGGUUCGAUACAGCAGAGUGUCCCGGUCACCGGUAUAAAGAUUGCCAUUGAUCGUGGCGGAACAUUCACCGAUAUCUGGGCUACAGCCAGCGGUCAGCCUGAUCUAGUGUUUAAGCUGUUGUCUGUUGACCCUGCCAAUUACAGUGAUGCGCCCACUGAAGGAAUACGUCGAGUUCUUUCAACAUAUGGCGACAGAGAGAUUCCAAGAAAUACGCCUUUGCCUAAGUCUAGCAUUGAGAGCAUUCGUAUGGGAACUACUGUGGCCACAAAUGCCUUGCUUGAAAGAAAAGGGCGCAGACAUGCUUUCCUUGUCACAAAAGGAUUCAAGGAUCUCCUAGAGAUUGGUUACCAAUCACGACCCCGCCUCUUCGAUCUCAACAUCUCAAAGCCUGAAGUGCUAUACUCCGAGGUGUGUGAGGUUGAGGAACGAGUGACCAUCGAAGGAUUUGACGAAGAUGUCGAUGGCCAAUUCAACAGCACUGAAGCUAUUCCGGGUGUCCUCGAGAUGGGGGCCAAUGGUCAACUUGUCAGGAUUCUCAGCCCACUCAACGAAUCCGCCCUAGAAGCCCAGCUACGAGACCUCAGAGCACAAGGAAUCGAUACUAUUGCCAUUUGCUUCGCCCACUCAUAUGCUUAUCCCGAGCACGAGUUGAAAGCUGGCCAAUUGGCUGUGCAAGCGGGAUUUACUCACGUUUCUCUCUCAUCUCAAGUGGCAGCGAAUAUGAUCAAGAUGGUACCUCGGGGCAGCUCAGCAACGGCGGAUGCUUACCUCACACCCGAGAUCAAGAAGUAUAUUGCUGGUUUCCAGAAAGGCUUCGAGGGCGGCCACCUUGACGAUGUCAGAUGUGAGUUCAUGCAGUCAGAUGGUGGUUUGGUCAGAUAUGAUCAAUUCUCGGGCCUUAAGGGUAUCCUGUCCGGCCCAGCUGGUGGCGUUGUCGGCUAUGCCAGGACAUCAUAUGAUGAAACCAAUCGUAUGGCCGUCAUCGGGUUCGAUAUGGGUGGAACAAGUACCGAUGUUUCACGAUAUGGCGGUACUUUUGAACACGUCUUCGAGACAACAACCGCUGGUGUGACGAUCCAGAGCCCACAGCUUGACAUAAAUACCGUCGCAGCAGGAGGCGGUUCUAUCUUGGCGUGGAAGAAUGGUCUUUUCGCCGUGGGACCAGAAAGUGCCUCGUCACAUCCAGGCCCUGCCUGCUACAGGAAGGGUGGCCCAUUGACCGUCACCGAUGCCAACUUGUUCCUGCGCCGGCUCGUACCCGAAUCCUUCCCCAAGGUAUUCGGGCCUCAUGAGAACGAAUCUCUCGACGAAGAAGUCGUGCAAGUGAAGUUCAAAGAACUCACGAAACGCAUAAAUGCUGAAACGGGCGGCUCACUCUCACCACAAGAGAUUGCAUGUGGAUUUUUGGAUGUUGCCAAUGAAGCAAUGUGCCGACCAAUUCGAGCUUUAACAGAGGCAAAGGGACAUGCCAUCGCAAACCAUCACUUGAGCUCUUUCGGUGGUGCCGGUGGUCAACAUGCCUGUGACGUGGCAUCGAAGCUCGGCAUCGAUACUGUUGUCAUUCACAAAUACUCCAGUAUUCUUUCUGCCUAUGGCAUGGCUCUGGCCGAUGUCGUCCAAGAGGUUCAAAGGCCAUGCAGUCAGGUGUAUUCCUCGAAGUCGCGACAAACUCUGUCAGACGCUUUCGAAACUAUGAAGUCCCAAGUCAAGUCCAAGAUUGCCAGCCAGGGUAUGGCCGAAUCCAACAUCGACUAUGAGUACUACUUGAACAUGCGAUACCAGGGAACUGAAACAUCCAUGAUGACUAUGGAGAAAGAGGGAUCGGAUUUUAAGCAGGAGUUCCUGAAGCGUCAUCUGCAGGAGUUCAACUUCAUCUUUCCCGACGAUCGGCAGAUCCUCAUUGAUGACAUUCGAGUUCGUGCAAUCGGUAAGAGCAAGGCAACCAUCGGUGGAACGGCCGAAUUGGCUCACGAGCUCAACACCUUGAGCUUCAAGGAGCCCAAGCAGGCCCCCAACGCGAAGAAGAUGGUGUAUUUCAAGAAGCAAGGAAAUGUCGAGACUCCAAUCUACCUCCUCCACGAUCUCGUCCCCGGCACUGUUGUUAAAGGUCCUGCAAUCAUCAUUGACGCCACCCAGACUCUUCUUGUUGUUCCGGAAGCGCAGGCAAAGAUCUUGUCGUGUCAUGUUGUCAUCGACAUCAUGUCUGCCAUGAAACAAGAUUUGUCCAGUCAUGCUGUUGAUCCUGCAACACUGAGUGUUUUUGGUCACCGCUUCAUGAGUAUCGCCGAACAAAUGGGACGUGCUCUGCAGAACACCUCAGUGUCUCUCAACAUCAAAGAGCGUCUUGAUUUCUCCUGCGCCAUCUUUGGACCUGAUGCCGGCUUGGUUGCCAAUGCACCUCACGUUCCCGUCCAUCUGGGUUCCAUGAGCUAUGCAGUGAAGUAUCAGCACGAGCUUCACAAGGGUAAGCUGACACCUGGAGAUGUUCUGGUUUCCAACCAUCCCUCGUCAGGUGGUACACAUCUACCAGACAUCACUGUCAUCACGCCCGUUUUUGAUGCUCAGGAGAAGGAAGUCGUGUUCUACGUUGCUUCUCGAGGCCAUCACACCGAUAUCGGUGGUCUCGGUGGCACAUCCAUGCCUCCAAACUCUACAGAGCUGUGGCAGGAGGGUGCCGCAAUCCGCUCAUUCAAGUUGAUCCACAACGGUCACUUCGAUGAGGAGGGAAUCACCCAGAUCUUGCUGGAGCCUGGCAAGUACGAAGGGUGCAAUGGUAGCCGCAGGCUCAGUGACAACCUCUCGGAUCUCAAAGCACAAGUCGCUGCGAAUAACAAAGGGUCCACUCUGGUCAAGGCCUUGAUGGAAGAGUAUUCUCAGGAAAUCGUGCACUUAUACAUGGCUGCGAUCCAGCAGAAUGCGGAAAUUGCCGUGAGAGCAUUCUUGAAGAAAACCCUGAGUGAGCGAGGACCGGUUCUCUUGGCCCAAGAUCGCAUGGACAAUGGCUCUUUCGUGAACCUAAAGGUCAGCAUAUCUGAAAAUGGCAGCGCUGUCUUCGACUUCACAGGCACUUCAUGUGAGAUGUUCGGUAACAUGAAUGCGCCCCCAGCAAUCACACACUCAGCCCUGUUGUACUGCUUACGACUGCUUAUUGGCACUGAGAUCCCCAUGAACCAGGGCUGUCUGGCACCCACAGAGGUUAUCCUCCCCACGGGAUCAUUCAUCAACCCAUCCGCGGGAGCGGCUGUGUGUGCUGGAAACACGCAGACAUCGCAGCGCAUUUGUGACGUUAUCAUGCGUGCAUUCGAAGUUGCCGGUGCAUCUCAAGGUUGCAUGAACUGCCUGGGAUUCUUCGGAGAAGGUGGCCGCGAUGCCGAGGGUAAAGCUCUGGCAGGUCACGCCUAUGCCUUUGGCGAGACCAUUUGCGGUGGAUCUGGUGCUACUGCCACUGCUCACGGUGCCAGUGCCGUCCACACUCACAUGACAAACACUCGAAUCACGGAUCCAGAAUCUCUGGAAAAGCGUUACCCCGUCAUUCUGCGCGAGUUCUCUAUCCGUACCGGCUCCGGUGGGAAGGGAAUGCGAUGCGGUGGCAACGGUGUGGUCAGAGACAUCGAAUGCCGCGCACCACUCAAGUUCAGUGUCAUCACUGAACGCCGGAUCACCUCACCUUACGGAAUGCAUGGCGGUGAAGAUGGAGGCCGCGGUGGAAACUACUGGGUGAAGAAGAACUCGGACGGCACAGAGCGAUGGAUCAACCUCGGUCCCAAGAACAUGGUGGCUAUGCAGACUGGCGACCGUUGUGUUAUUCAGACACCUGGAGGAGGUGGCUAUGGUCGAAUUGAUGCCCAGUCGAGCGAGGAGCAGACACAGCAAAUAGCAAAGGUGCAAUACCCUCGGGCUAUGGGCAGUGUGGCUGCCUUUGCCACGACACAGGCAGAGGCGUCGUAG